CUUUGACUCAAGCGACCAGAAUCCCCACCAACCCUUCACCGCAUCAUGAGAUGGAGUACAGACGAUGGCGAAGGGCCUGGACGACUUGAUCGAGUUUCUGCUCGAGGAGAUUGCCGUCAGUGGAAGUCGAGGGGUCACCAUUAGUGAUAUCGCACAGUUCAUCUCUUCAUUCUACGACAGACCAGAGGACGAACCAGGACCUAAUGCGCACUCUGAGGGCGCUGGCCCAAGCUUAAAAGUUACGGUUGAUCGGCCACUACUUUCCAAGAUCUGGUCAUGGCUAGGUCGGCAUCCGGAUAUCUCUAUCGGUGACAAUAGACGCUACAACAAAACAUCACUAGACCAGGUCGAGGUACAAUUUCCGAACUACGUUACACUUAGUCCCAGCAACAGGCAGACAGCCGCCGAGGACGAUACCGAGUCAGAAGAAGGCUCAAACCACCCGAGCGCAACACCUAAGAAGCGACCAGGACCCCGGAAAUCCCAUGCAGCGCAGGGUCCACGAAUCUCUGUCAGCGAGGCGCGAAGCUAUCAGGCUAUAUGCGGCCAUGCCCCCGAUGUCAGCAAGGUUGUGCCUCUGGAGUUCGAACUCUUAUCUCAUAUUGCUGCAGCGAGAUCAGCUGGAAUUUUGCAAGGAGACCUUGUGAGAGUAUCUGGGCAAGACAAACGCUCUGUGCCAAAGCGGACGGACUCCUUGCAAAGAAAAGGCUACAUAACCAAGGAAAUCGUCUUCCGCCACGGUAAUCGGACUAGCCGACUCACGCUGCAAAAGUUUGCCCACCGCAAUGCGACGCACGCCGAACCGUUCCAUAAGCUUCAUAGCCUCCCACAACAUGGUUCGACUUUACGAGAUGUCGUCCGCAGAAUCUUCGAGGUAUUGGAAGACCGCAACCUUGUAUCCCAGACAAGUCUAGCGGAACAGUUGAGCCUGGGGUCUUCUGGAGAGUCGACUGUCCUUUCCAAGAUUAUUCGUCGGCUCGAGAAGCUGAAGUGCGUCAAGAGAGUUCGAACUGCCGUUGGACCUUCCGCGACAUCUGAUGACCUCCGACACUUCGUCCAGCUUUUGCAUCGUGCCGACGCAGUAGACCUAGAGAACUUCGACACGGAAAAGCUGUCUCUGAACCAAACAAUUGAGGAGUUGGCAUCUAUCGCCGACCCGGAAGAUCGGAACGACGGGUCCGUCGCACUUCACGCGGCCGAGGAGGAAAAUGAAGAGUUCACAGAAGCUGUCUAUAAACCUGCCAGAUGGAACCCUGACCGCUUAAUGCCCAAUAUUCUUGUUGAUGCCGUCCGACUUGCAGGUCCGGAUGGUCUGACAAAUCUGAAUGCUCGUAAAAUGACUACUGGUGAUUUCGUGCGUCGCCAAUUAGAGUCUCUGUUGCUCCGACUCUCAUGCGAGUCACUCAUCAUUCAGCCGCAGCAUUUGCGACACCUGGCCAUUGUUCGGACCACUGUGAGGCAUGAGGGGAUCAUCCAGUAUGUUCACUACUCGUGGGAGGUCUUUCGACAGAAGGCGGCAGACCAGCAUCUCGACGUGUCUGAAAUUCCCGGAGCUCGUCAAAUAAUUCAGAGGCUGGCAGAAAAGGAGGCUGACUCCGAUGGUGACGAGAUUUCGCUACCCCGUGUUGACAUUGAUGAGUUCGGAUUCCCGUUGCAAGCCCCGUCGGGUCUGCAGCUGCGGCGCGGCGAGGCCACAUUUUUUGAUCUGAUAAAGGCAGCUGCACCUGGAGAUGUCAAAAAGCGCAAUGGAGAGCCGACCAUUGUCAAGCAAGGGACGAGGAUAGCUAUGAAGAUACGAGACGGGGUGCCAGCCUCGCCUAGUGCGACGAAUCGGACGCCUCGUCGUUUGUCUCAAGCAGCGCGCAAGCCAAGACGACUACAGCCAAAACACCGCAGAAACCCGGAUGACGAGGAGAAAAUAGUAAUUGGGCGUCCUCGCAAAUACAUGCGAGGAACAGAAAAGUUCUGGCGGAUGCAGUUUAAGCAGGCUAGACUGGAAGGCGGCGCGCAUCCUGACAAUCCCAGAAAAGGGACGGCCCAAGAUCCCUAUGCCCUUGCUCUGUAUGCCCGUCGUCCGGCAGAUUUCGAUGAGACGCUGGUCCAGGCAUUAGCGGCUGGAUUGCCAAUCCCUAUGCUUCCGGAAGACAUCAACGACGACUGGAUCCGUUCCACAAGAGCCAUCUUUGAUCGUUCGUCAAAGGGUGUCUAUAUGUCUCCUAGAGGGUUGCGCUCUGACAACAGCCAGAAAGUGGCCCAGAUAAUGAUUGUGCGAACUCCGCGGUUAACAUCAGUCGACUUCAGCGACAGGAAUGUCGUCCAUCAAUUUCGCUUCCUCUCUUCCAGCGCAUCACACAGCUUCAUGUUCAGAAGGUACUACCCCAACCUCGCAAACAUGCAAUCAUCAGCACCACGUACGCCUAGGAAAUCGAAGCGCCAGAGUCGGAUUGCGUCCAGCAAGGCCGACGAAAAGUGGAAACCGGGGCCCAGAUUGGGCGUUUUCUAUGAAGACCCGGGUCUCCCGAUAGCACUGCCUGCUCAACCUCCAAACCCAGUUGAUAUUCAACUUCCUGUAGAUGUCUUUAUGGACACUACUGAUGAAGAAAACGAGCCUGCUUUCCAAGGCGCUUCCGCGGCCAGAGCCGCAUCCCACGCAUCGAUAAAUGACACUGUCUCCGCUAGCGGUGCAAGAAUUCGAAAUGGUCAGGUCAGGAGAGGCUCGCAACGGAAUACCCAAGAACGAGACGGCAGCCUAGAAACAACAAAUGCCCCGACUACACGGACUGACAUCACCGAGAAACACCGUAUUAGAUCUACCAGAAAUCGGAGGUUGACGCGGAAAGCCAUGGAAUCGUUGCAGUCGGAUCAACCCCCGAACCUUCGUCUCCUUUCUGGAUCUCGAGAGGUCUCAUCCGAAGUCUCGGCCGCAGAUUUCGAACCUCAAAAUCAAAUGCCAGUUAAUCGACAGUCCGAAGUAUCCGACGUAGGGGCCCCGUCGCAUUCUACCGACCACCCAGCCACGAAUGAGCACUCGACGGAUAUCUCAUACUCACACACUAUCAACACUCAAACUGCUCACCAUGCUCAACCUUCUGUUUCCAGUCACGAACGCGUGGCUGUUCAUGUUAGUUCUAAUGCUGGCAAUACAGAAGUUACAAGAGUUCCAUCGGUCGGAGCAGAGCAUUCUGAGCAAUCGGCAUCACCAAAAUUCUUAGAGGGAACCACCGAAGCUGCUGCAUCUAGAAGUCCUCCUUUGAGUGAUCAGCUGCAAGAGAGCGAUCGCCCGGCAGAAGUGGAGGACAAUGUUUUACACAACAGUUCUCUUGUGCUGAAAGCCGGCACCAGAAAACUUGUGUCAAAGGCAAACAGGAGAAGGACUGCGUCUGCCGAACUAGGGAAUUCCGGAGAGGAGUCGCAGCCAAAGAACCGACAGGCUCAGGGAAAACAACGCUACUUCGAGGGUGCUAAUGUGCUUUUCCGGAGAAUCAUUCUUCAACUGAUUAAAGAGACGUCAGGGGUCGUGCCAAACGAUCCUUCAACGUUCAAGCGCGUCUCGUUGCCUCGCUGGCAAGAAGCCGGAGGGGAGGGUCGACCCCUACUUAAAACCAUCAAGACAGCAAUUAAAUCCUUGAGUGAGUCUCGGAAGCUCAAACAAGUGAUGUUCACGUUUCGGGGAAAGUCUGGAGUCAUGAUUAAACGUUCGGUCGUCUUCCUACCGCACAUUGACCCUUUCUCUCAGGCCGUCGAGGAUGUGAAGCAGAGUAUUAUCGAUGCGGAACCCACGGAUUACAUUCCCCCUGAAUGGAGAGACGAAGGCUACCGUAUUCCUCUGGUCAACAAAAGAGCGCUGAGCACAACACCUGACAUCGAAGAGCGACCACCGAGUAGACGACGUGCAUCGUCAGCAGUGUCAGACAGAACGUUUGCCUCCAGCACCAGUAGAGGUAGGAGAAGCCGCACAAGCACAAAUACUCCUUCUCUUUCAAGAAUACCAGUGCAAGAAACACCCGCAACCGGCUUCCUCACGCUACGAGUUCCGGCAUUAGGCUCGCUUCCAGUUGUCCAUCUCCAUAUUUGGAGGGAGGAGUGCCCCGUGAGUGCAUUGCGCUCCGACACUUCCGAUGCGAAUCCUUGGAAAUCUAGUGCCUUUCGACCCGUUCGGCGGCGACGAAGGUUUGAAACGCAGGGUUCUCAACCAGCCGGAAGGCCAAUAAUAUGGCGAAAUUUCCCCUCCUCCCUGGAAGAUAUCCUGCAGCUUCCUGAUCUCAAGUUGGACUACGAUGCUUUUCAAGCCGAUGGUAUUGACUGGCAACGCUUUGCGUGCGAGAUUGAGGGAGUCCGCGCCUGGGAAGAACAAGAGCCCGACGCAGCUCUGUCGAAGCGCUCCAAGUUCGCCUUCAUCAAUCAUUCGGUCCCAGCUGCCCUAUAUGAGGCGUCGGUUCUUCCUUCAACAAUUGAAUUCAGUAACAUUAUACAUUUUGAUGAGGACGGAAACGAGCUCGAGGUUGCCUAUCCGCCUGAAGAAUCAUGGGCAACAUUUGUGGACGCCCUGGAAGCAUCUCCCAAUGUUGCAUCCCGAAUCGCAGCGGUUGACGAAACAGAAUCACAAUCGAUGCCACUGCGUUCUCCUGGACUUGGGCCUCGGCGAUCCAUCAGACCGUCUAAGCGCAGAAUGUCGGAAGAUAGCCAUGGCUUCGUCCCUCUACCUCCGCCUAAACGAAGCAGAAGACUGGUACGAGGUUCUGGCUUCGCACCAUCGAGGCGUCGGGAAUUGUCAGCCUUUCAUACUACAAAUCGCAAGCUCCCUCGAAGUGCCAAGUGGCUGCAGACUAUGCCAGAGGAAAUGAUUUACCGAAUUGCCGUUGCUGUCAUUGUUGUUCGGACGCUAGCAGGUGGGAUGCAGAGUUUUAUUAACUGGCAGAUUGUGAUGACGCUCUUCCCCGGUCAAAAGGAAGAAGUUAUCAAAGCUCGCUGGAAUACACUAUCAACCCGAUAUAGUUCUGAUGUACAGAAUCUCACAGAGGACCUGCAGUUGAAGUACCUGGAAGCGUUACAGGCCGGUGAGAUAGCGUCGGUCGACUUUGACGACAUCGAAGCCACGGACUGGGGUGCCAUUGUUGAGUGGGCUUUGAAGAGCCUCGACCAAUUCCACUUGAAGCGGAUUGCAUACCUUCCUGCCAACCGGGAUGAGUUGCUUGAUAACUAUACCUUGGAAUUCACCCAACCUAAACACUCCCACAAUCUCGCAUGGAAUAACAGCACACUGAGCGUCAAGGAAGAAGUUGCAAGAUCGACAGUUUUCGGCACAUUUGUCAAUCCUACGACCCAACCCGCCAUCCUUCGCUGUCAACAUGGUUUCGAACUGGAGAUGGCUAAGCCAGCUCUUCGCGUCGCUAAGUCAUGGGUGCUGGCAACCAUUUUCACUGCGGAGUCGGUUUUUAAUGCAGAACUAGCCCAGACCAAGCUCUCCACCCUUGCCCCAACCACGACAGAAUGCGAUGCACUUCUAUCAUGUGCGCUGAAGUUGCUCCAAGACGAGAAGAUCAUUCAACGGAAGCUCAAUGAUCAACCACCGGAGCAAGGAUUGCGUGUGCGAACUUGGGAAGCUCACCGGAAGUUCUUCGAGCGAUUUGAAGACCGCAGCAUGGUCACUCCGAAUAUGCUGCGUCGUGCCGUCAGAUACAAAUCGGAAGUUCUUGACCACGAGUUUGCUAAGGGGAAUAGUGUCCCGAUCGAGAAAGAAGCGCAUAUAUCUGACGGUGAGAUGAUGGCGGUGUUGAGCUUGAUGGCAUCGGGACGAGUCAGGCUCCGACCGGGCGCGGACGUGCCAAAGACCCGUUAUGGCCUGGAUCACGAACGUAUAGGGUACCGAACGAAAAACAUGGAUAGAAAGGUGUUGGGUUUCAGUGUCGAGCUCACCCCGACAAUGGAGUAUUGGUUUGGAGAUCCUUGGUCGGGCGCUUUGGAAAUACACCAGCUCCCCGUCCCCCGCGGGCAAGCAGAUGAACCGAUGGGCCCAAUCCCGAUGUGGAUCGACAUUCAUGGAAAUGUGCAGUUGGCACUUUGGUACAUGGUUCUUGUCGGCGUUAUGGGGUUCGUCUCACAAAUGCCGGGUGUAUCUGCCUCGCAGAUCUCAAGGGCUUUUGGAUUUGGGCUUGAUGAAGCUGAAGUGGAAGUCAUCAUGCAGUGGUGUGUUCAGUCUGGAUUUGCAAAGAGAGACAGUAAGUCAAAGGGAUAUGAGACAUUGGAGUGGUGGUGGCUGUGUGUUGAUGGGGGCAUAGGGGGAGAAGUGGAUGGAUCAAGUCUUUGAGAUCCUUUUUGUUAGCCGACGCUUUCUGAGGCGUACUCAGCAAUGGCGUUGAAUUUAAGACCAAAAGGACAACAGGCCUGGCAUUUGAGGGACUCGGGAUAGGAUGGGACAGCGAUUACGAGCACGGCAUGAUGUUUGGCGUGGUGGUCAAUGGCUCUAGCGGACAAGGGACGGCGACUUGUGACAACCUCAUUUUGCAGGAAAUGCGCAUAUCUGGAGGCGCUCUUGUACAUCAGCAAUACUAAAAUCAGUCUUUCAGGCCCUUGACUACAUAUGUACAGUAG